AUGCCGCCUCCUUUUACCCGGUUGGCUUCUUGCUGUAAUUUGGUGAAACGUUCAUGGAAUCUCGGACGUGUUAGUUCGCUUGUCUAUACAACAUGCUCCGACGUGUCAGACUCUUCUUCGGAUACCAAUGUGUUAUGUCGUGCGCUUGAAAAACUCGGUAAGUUCAAGGUAAUUAAUGCAACCCUCUUGGAGCAGUCGAAAAGAGAACGGAGCAGUGCGUUGUUAUUUAUACGUCAACUGAAGGAGCCUGGUUUUAAACAUGAUUUAGAAACUUACAUGGCAGUUGUUCGAUUGUUGUGUCAUUGGGAUUGGGGUAUGGAUGCAAGGUCAAAUAAUGUGAUUAAUGAUGUCAUUGAUAAUACAAAUUGGGAAGUUGUUAAUUGUAAGAUUUCUGAUGAUCUGAUUGACGCAUUGACGGAGGAAAAUUUGACAGAAGCUGUUAAUGGGUUGGUUGAGGUGUAUGCAAGUGCUGGAAAGUUUAAGGAGGUGAUACUCACUUUGUCCGAGAUGGAAAGUAGGGGUGUACCUGUGGUGUCAACAAGAACGUGUAAUUUUAUAAUGUGCCAGUUAAUUAAACAGGGCAAAGAGGAUAUCGUAGAGUUGCUUUACAGAGAACUGAAGAGUUAUGGAAUGAUUCCUGAUGUGGAUACAUAUGCGUUCCUGAUGUACGUAAUUUGUAGGAAGGGUUGUUUGAAAGAAGCUUGGAACGUGAAUACGUGA